UCAUAAUGGCUAAUCUAACUUAUUUUUCCGCUGCCAUGUAUUUAUCUUAAUUUACAUGUGUAAAACUUUCUCGAAUCUUGAUUAACGAGAAAUUUUCCACUUAUAGUAGUAUCAGACUUGAAAGUGUUUUCCGUCACGCUAUACUAUGAUUACGUCAUAUUUGCGUGACAGAAUUAAAUGCGUUAAUUCGCAGAGUUGUAUCUUCUGUAUCAAAAGUUGUAUUAUACACAUACAUCACGUUUAUUAACGUGAAGAUAGUAAAGAGACACACGUAUUUAUUUAUUUCCGUUUUACGAUUUUCGUACAAAGACCAAACACAUUGCGCUCUAUGCAAUACCUCCCAUAAUCACUCUCACACGUGCUGCACCCUUGAAACGGUUUAAGGGUAGUUCCGCCGGCGCAUCAAAGCGAUCGACGGCACUCAGCCGCGGUGGUUCGAUGCGCCGCCGCCUCGGCGUCCGGCCAACCAGUGAAGGCGCCGUCCAGCCGCGUUCUAUCCGGGCAAUCAGUGUACCGCCGGUCGCGUAUCUGUACGGAUUGUGUUUGUAGUUGGAAUUGCGCCCGUAGAAUUUUCAACGGGCGGACCGGCAGUGCUUUACGAGAUUUCGGAAAAUCAACCGCACCCGCUUUCUCUCGCAACCGCACCUUUCUCUUUUUCUCUCCCUCUCGUUUUAUUUCUAUCUCCCCGGAUAAUGAUUGAUCCGCGUCGAUGUUAGUGGCCGGCGCGACGAUACGAAGCGCGACGGGAUCAUGUUAUGGAGAUCGGUGAGUUGACGUCCUCGUGUCUCGUCGCCGCGCUGUCUCCCCGCACGAUAGUGGGAGGGUCAUCAACCGCGUCGCCGAGUGAUCCACCUGCUCGAGUCGACGAUAGCCGCCACCGCCGCCGUCGCCGCCGCCGCCGCUGAUGCAGCCGCGUGCGAGCCGCUGCCUCUCGUUCCCGGGACGACCGUUGCCGCGAUCCUCUCGCACGAACCAAACGGGAGAUCCGCGAUAGGGUUAUACGCGCGUCCGAAACGCGCGUUUCCACCCCUUUUGCCUGCCUGCCUGCUUGCGCUCCGUCGUUAAUCGCCGCGCGAUAAGAAGUCAUCCUCACCGCGAUUCCUUAUCGUCGAUCUCGGUAUUGUGUCGUGAAUCACGUCUCCGUUAACAGGUGAAUUUUUUUCUCUAAUGAAACUUUAAAUAUGCAAUCUUUAUCUUAUAUAGAGCUUUAGCACUCGAGACGAGAUAUUUAUGAUAUUAUUGCCAGUUCGUUUAGUACGUGAAAAAAGAAUUUAGUGAUAGAUGAAUGUUAAAUUAUGUCUUAUGAAGAUUAUUAUAAAAAAUUAUUAUUAUUGAGCAAUUUCUCUAGAAUAACAUCAUGUUUCACAAUACAUAUUAUGUUUCACAACACAUAUCAUGUUUCACAACACAUAUUUGCAUGCUCAUUAACGUAAUAUUUAUAUAAUAGCUAUGUUUAGCUUUGAGUAUACAAGAGAUUUUUACGUUACAAUAAUCGUACACACAAAAAUGUAAGGAAAAAUUAUUUAUUUGCAUGAAGCUCAGUCUAUUGCAGCUUUAAUGAUGUGCAAUCUUCUCUUAUAUUUUAAUUUUUCAAUAAGAAACAUUUAGUCAUUUUAUUGAAAUAUCAAUUUACUUCAUUUUUAUAAAUAAAUAAUUAUUUACACAGUUAUUCAAACAGUGACAAAGUUUACGUAUUUACAGUGAGAUAAACAUCACUUAGUUAAUUAUUAAUAAAGGAAAAUGAUGCAAAACAUACACAUAGGAAUCAUAUAAUGUGUUGAAAUAAUUAAAACAAAAAAUGUCGCGGCAUAAUAGACAAAUUGAAAGAUUUGUGAAUGACAUUACUUUUGAUGUAACGUAUUGCUUUGACAUUUUUUUAACAUUUUUCUAAAAUGCUAAUUUAGAUAAUUUACUAUCGUAAUUCUUUCCGCGCCAUUAAGCCGAUCCGACGAUGAGCUUAUUUAUACACCUUGUAAUAUGCCUAUUGACCUCAUAUCGCACUAUUAUAUUUACGCAACAAUCGUGAUAUAAAUAUUUUGACAUUAAUCCUUAACAUUUUCCGUAUAUCCGCAUCUGCUAACAUUGAUAAACACAGCGUUGCGCGUAGAAAAGUUAUUGCACCGCAAACCUCGAGAAGUGGUUUCGUUAGCGGUAUUAUUAUAUUCUUUACGGAAAGAGGCACACUGUUGGUCCCCGCGUACUUUUAUUCAAAUCGCUGACUGCAUUACUUUGCACUUUUGGUCUUAUGUCAUAUUUUAUCAUAUUUUAUUUAAAUCAUAUCAAAUAAUUAAACGUAACGUUAAAUUGAAAAAACCGUUUGCUAAGUCUGACUUGACAAUUAAAGUUAAUAGACGUGACAAUUUUUCAUUUCUUUCCAUUAUCUUUUCUUUUUAUUUCUUUAAUUUUAAGAAAGGAGCCUAGUAAGCUUUUAUAUUGAAUAAUUUUUGUACUAGCCUUUUAAUGUUAGAAAAAUUAUGUCUCUGAUCUUUAUCAAUAAGUUUCGUAGUGACCGCGCCUCGAAUCGAUCCCGAAGUUUUGGCACGGUAACCUUUUGCGAAUUUCAAACCAUCGAUUUUUAUGCGAGCAAUAUUACUCGUCUUAUACCAAGCUAUUUUUACGAUCUUCACAGAGAGUGACCCCGAAAUCUAGAUCUUAAAACGCAGCUUCAGCUUAUGUCCGUGUCUUGCUAAUAGUGAUUAAUAGCGCGUAUGCACGCCACGCUAUCAAACGGGAACGGGUUUAUCCUAGGAUCGCGAAGAACUUGAAGCACUCGGGCCGCGCAUAUAUCAGACUCGCCCUCCCCCGCGAGUCCACUUUUAUUCGCGAUAUCUUCCUUUCACGUGGGACUUAUGCCAAGCCCCAAGAAAUCAUAUGAUGUAAAUACAAAUAUCGCAAGUGAAUUGUUGCAGACUAUUACAAUAAACUUGAAUACUCGGAUGUGGAGUUCUUAGAAUUCAGCAAAUGUUGACUUCUCUUGCAAAUAAUUCAUUCAAAUAACUUCUGAAGCCGUGGCUUCUAAAUUGAACUGUGUUGAACGCAAUUAAGACAACAUUUAAGUGUUAUAAAUAUUGAUUGGAUAUAUAAUUUGAUAGCAAUUUGUCGAUGAAUUUUUUUAUCAUGUUACAUUAUCCGUUUUAAAAACAGCUGUAGAAUGAAUUUUAAUGUAAAGAUGAGGUAUUACUAUACAGAAAGGAAUCUCUCGUGCGAAUGCUUAUUUGCGUUGCAAACGUUAAUUAACUAACAUACCGUUGCACGGUGGAAUUUUCGUGCGUUUGCGUUUCCCUGCACACACACACACACACACGCACACACACACGCUGCAAUGUCCAUUCAGUUGUAAAGACGGAACUAAUUACCCGAUCGGAAGGAAUAUUGACAUAAUCAAUAACGCGUCACAUAAUUAGAACGUUAAAAAUAUCGCGCUUUGCAUUAUACAGUCGUUAUUAACUGAACGCAUUGCGCGCGAACGGUUUGUUUGCCCGAGCGGCGGAAUCACGUGGAAAAUAUUUUGUAGCACUCGUUUGAGAAAGAGAAAAAGGAAAAGAGAGAAAGAAAGAGAGAAUUUUGCGUUUUGACAGACGCAAGAGCAAGAGAAAGAGCGCGAAAUGCAGCGAAACGAUCGCUAAACGGAGAAGCGCACAAUGAGACGCACGAUGACGAAGAUGGUAUCGACGAUGGUGUGACUCCGCGGCAUUACACCGUAUAUCGAAAGGAACCGGAAGCAGAGAGGAAGGCAGAAGAGGCAGCCUUGUCGUGUGAGCAGCUUUCGACAAUUUUAGGCGGCGGCAGAAUCAAAGGUCAUGGCGACGCCGCCGGACUCGCCGGGACCGGAAGAGGCGUUCUUCGAGUUCGAAAACACGCGAGCAAGGCAGCAGACCACUAGGCCGGUGCCGAUAGAGGAGCUUUUGCGACAGACCAAGUUUUCCCGCCAGGAGAUUCGAGUCAUGUAUCGCGGCUUCAAGCAGGAGUGUCCCGAGGGAGUAGUACACGAGGACUCGUUCAAGGACAUUUACGCGAAAUUCUUCCCGCACGGCAACUCCAGUCUCUACGCCCACUACGUGUUCAAGGCCUUCGACGUUAAUUGCAACGGGGCCAUCAGCUUCAGGGACCUCCUCGUGACACUGUCGACGUUGCUGCGAGGCAGCAUCUACGAGAAAUUGAGAUGGACUUUCAAGCUGUACGACAUAAACGGCGACGGCUGUAUUACGCGGGGCGAAUUGGGCGAGGUUGUGAUGGCGGUCCACGAGCUCAUGGGCAGGAAGCAUCACGGCCACGCCGAGGAGGAGAGGAAGGCGCGGGAACAGCUGGACAGGGUCUUCAAGAAACUCGAUCUCAACCAGGACGGCGUUAUCACGAUCGAGGAGUUUAUCGAGAGUUGUCUGAAGGACGACGUGAUUACACGGUCGCUGGCGAUGUUCGACUGCGCGCUUUGAUCUCCGGCUAAGGACGAGCCUCCAGCAGCGGUCACCGCGACGCCGCCGACGCCGCUCUCGACGACGACGUUCUCGCAGUCCUUAUCCCCGUCGCCGCCGCCGCCGUCCUACUCCCUGCUACCGCCUAUCCCACCACCCUUGCCCUCCCAACCGCCACCUGGGUACACCGUCCAGGAUCAGGAGCUCUAUCUACUCCUGGCCGCUCACUGGUGGAACCAACCGGAGGCGCCGCUCUUUUGUUGAAGGGCAAUGCGAAAACACGGCUCCUAGCGACAUAGAAUAGUAAUCGAGGUCUAAGUCUGUGAAAUCGAAGAGCGGAUCUUUCCCGACAUCUUGUCCCUUCGCAAUGCAAGGCGAUUUCUUAUCUUUGCCGAUUAACGGAACUUUGCGGAGGCACAGCCGUUUCGAGAACAGCACGCGGAACAUCGUGUGACCGCUGCUUCACCGGCUUCAAUUGUGACAAUCCUGCGGAGAAAUGCGACGAUUCUGCGACGACGAGGAUACUUCGGCAAUCGCGGAACCGACAAUUGGCGUCGAUCUCUGGCAAGGAUUGAGCGGAGUUACGCAAUCUGACGUUGUCACGCGAAUGUUCAAUCCGAGAUUGAACUGCACAUUAAUCAGAAAAACAAUUAUCUGUCGCAGUUAAAUGCGAAAAAUAUUUAAAAAGGACGUUUAAAAAUAUAAUAAAAGUACAUCGAUCGAAGAAGCUCAAACAAAACACGCGAAUCUCUUCCUGUGGCUCGCCGAGAAAAGAUCUUGCAUUCGGGAAAUCUAUUAUCAUCGGAUUCGUGCCAAAUCGUAGCGUUGUGGAAUCUCGAGACGACGACGAGAAAAACACGAAAACGGCAAAAAAAGUGAUUGUGAGACGCGGUAAGGAAACGGGGAUUCUUCAUAGCAUGCGAUAUCCCGUAGAAUAUCCUGAUUCGAUCUCUAUGAUGCAAAAUUGCAAAAAUAUUUAUAAGCCAUAUGGGAGAUCACAGUUUGGGCGUUUUUCGUUAUACAUUCUAGUUUUAUUUUCCAGGGUAGAUGUUGAAAAAGAGACGAUAAUCAACGAAUCGAUUGCGUGACUUUGCGUUGCCAAGAGAACGACACGUUCCCGCGAAUUAUGGUAUUAUGUCAUACAUUUUUUUUUCUUUUUGAAUACAUCUUCUCGUCUCUCAUAUUUGGAUAUAUUUUGUGUUGUGAAAGAAAAUACAUUGAAGAAUUAACAUAAAUUCUGCAUUCUAGGUUGUUCCGUAUCGCCAGGAAAGAUAUGUCAAUUUAGUAAAAAUGCAUUACACGGUUAUAUAUAUAUAUAUAUACAGGGUAUAUCCUGCCACUCCGCGUUACCUCUUAACGACGGAUUCCUCAGGUAAUUUGGAGUCCUUGUAUAAUACAAAUACGUACGAAUAUUGACUUUCUAAUAUUAUUUGGUUUUAAAUGCCCUGUAUAACUUUGUUGCACCCGUCAAUCCCUUUACAUUUAUCCUCCCCCGCCCUCCCCCCAGUUAUGAGCAUUUAUUAUGAUCGCGUGAUCGCCCUCGCGAUGUAUCGUGAUCAGCAGCAGGCGAGGCUCGGCGAUGAUUAUAGGUUUCAGCGCGGUGACGCGUCGAUUUCCCUCGACUAAAUUGUUAGCCACACGAUCGUUGACGAUCGUAGAUAUCACACGUAUGUAUUUUCGUUGGUAGAUUCGUAGAUUGAAUAUACUUCGUCCUUUUCUAGAUCCAAUUGAUUCUAACGGGCUGCGCAGGCGUUCAAUAUUUAUUAUUGAUACGGCCAGCUUUUAAAUAUGCAUAUAUAUCAAUCGAUAUUUAUUUAUUAAUAAAUAUUACCAAUAUUUUUAGAUUUUUUAACGCUCUGCACUCACGGUGCCUCGUGACAAAAUAUUAUUAGCACCGAUAUGUAUUUUGAAAAAUGUCCCCGGAUUUGAUCAGAAAUUUUUUUCCACACACAUUUCUGUUUUCGCGCGCGCGCUAUUUGCCGUUGGACACGUUCAAUCACGUCGUCGAUACUGAAACAGCGACAAGAGAUAUUGAUCGCCUGCGGGCUCCUUAAGCGUUCAUAGUGUGUAACAUGUUGCAGGUGUACGUGCGUGAAGCAUCGAUUUUCUAAUAUGUAUAUCCGUUAUUACGAGUUGUAGGACGUGUGAGCGUGCGAGCAUAUGUCGGACUAGCGAGUAGCAAGCCUGUGAGCGGCAAUUAUUGAUUAUCAAAAUCGAUUACAAUGAAACACCAAGCUACCGUAGUUAGCUGUUAUUUAAGUAAACGAAAAAUAAUAAUAGAUACGAUUUAUAGUUUACGUAGGAUAAAUUUCGCGAUUAAACGCGAGUUGUCGGAUGCCUGGCGUUUAUGAUCGGCAACAGUAAAUUAUCCCUCGGGAGAUACCGUGAGAAAAAAAAAUACGUUCCAUAUACACGACGUAUACGUAUAUACAAUCGCGAUCGAUAACGUACCUCUUCGAAAUAUCGUCUGGUUCUCGUUGGUUCGCGUAAGUCAGAGAUCCGGAUCGUCGUUGAUCGUCGCCAUCUGAUCGCUCGUGACGACGUGUUCGUCGAACGCUCGGAUUUCCUCUCGAGGAGGAAAUGCCGUCGCCGGGCGCGAAGGAGCGAGCAUCCCUCGUCGCACUGGCUUUCACGGGAAUCGAGAACACGCGUUGCCAGGCUGCGCCCGGCACGCGCGUUUCUAUAACAACGAGUAAUAACGACGAAAUCGCAAUUUUCACCGCGAUCGAGCUAGAGCGAUGCGAAUUGAGUUACGGCGGAUCUACGCAGAGAGUUCCGUGAUUCGCGAAUCAAAAUGUCAUAGCGGAAAAGUUCUUGCAAAGAAAUCUGUGAUUUUUUGAGAACUUUCCUGCUGAAGUGUUUUGUUUCGCGAAUUACGGAACAUUCGUAUGAGCGAGACGGCAUUAUCCAGCAGAAACUAAACAGCUAUGGCAAUCAAACGCGCGUAAAGACUAAAUUCAAUACCGGCCGUUAAUUUGCGAACGCUUGCGGAAGAUUGCGAAUGGAACGAGCGAUCUGCAAGAUAUUCUGGCGUCAAACGAGUUUUUUUAAAUCAAGCCUGAAUUGGCAGCGGAAAACAAAUUAUUCAACACAAGCAGAGAUUGCUUUCUUCUCGAAGAAAUCGAUAUUCUCUAACAAUAAGCAUUGUCACAUUAAUAGCCGGUAACACGAAGGACACAACUGAUUGAAGAAAUCUAUUCUAGCUAGAAGUGAAAUCCACAAUCUAGCUGCACUGUGCACGCAAACAACGGUGCGAAAUCGCUGCAACCUUCGCCUGGAAAACUCUCUAUCAAACACUGGCAGGCAAAUUUAUAUUCCUUAGGAUAUAUACGAAAACGUAUCGUAUCUUUGAGUUUGAGCGAUUAGUGUCAUCUUGUGGCCACGGAAAUGCGGAAGUGACGUGGAAUUUGAUUGAGCGACAGGAUUGCACCGAUUGUUCCGGCUUGAAAAAGAUAGUGAUAUACAUUUAUUAUAUAUAUCUUCUUAUGGUCUCUCAUCGAUGUAAAUUUUUACAUAUAUUAGCGCUAACCACGGAGAUAUGUAUAAUCAAACACUUUUUGGGAAAAUACCUAUGUGUCAAAUCUGCCAGCAUAUUAAUCAAUAUUUCGAUGUGCGUUGUAAGACGUUGCAUAAUUUGCGAACUACGAGCGUUUUUGAAAAAUGUCGAGCCAAACUUUUCGAACAGACUUUUGCCACAUUUCGCGCACUACUUCAGAGAUUUAACUAAAAAUCGCAUGAGCAGAUCUAAAUAAGUUUUGACACCACCCUUUGCUUUUGUACGUGUCGCAACAAAAGACUAUGCCCUGUGCGUAUAAAUUGUACAAAACACGAAGUGACAUAUAUAUUUUUUAUAAGGUUUUGUUAUUUUUUGCAAAGCACGAAACUGUAUUUCGAACUCCCCAAAAGCGUUUGCAGAGAUUGCGUGUGAUAACUUUUAUUAAUCGCGAUCUAGCAUAAAAAGAAAUGAAACAUGCAAUUCCUAAGAAAAUAUCUAUAAAGCGUAAAAAUAAUCACGACUAUCAUUAUCGCUCUAAAACGUUAAUUAAUAUAAACGGAUACGCAACAUUGAUCUAAAUAUAACUGAUUGCUUGAUACUCGACAGUUAAAACAAAAAAACACGCCUCUGAAUUAUUAAUUGAAAAAAGACAGAACCUUAUGAAGCAGGGAAAAAGAGAGUCUAUUUCAAAUAUAUUUCCAAAAUAUUGCACACUUCUAAAAAUACUUUCGACAGGACACGUAAGAUGCAACACGUAAGAUGCACUCGUGGCACAACAAAUUUUUGGAAUAAAUUAGCAAAAUGUUCCUAAAAAAAACGUAAAAAUUGAUGAUAUUAAGCACUGAGUAGAUAUUAAUUGGUAAAUCAUUGGAAAUGAUAGAAUAGAACUUGCAAUUUUUUUAAGACUAUGAUUGAUUAACGAUAUUUUGCAUAGAUUAAUGAAGUUAAUUGAAGUUAAUAACACUUUCGAUCGUAAAAUAUAAAUCUAGGAUGCUACGGAAAAUAAAGCACGAUUUAUUUCUCUGCCGAGUCUAAUAUAAAAAAUAUAAUAAAUAAAAAUAUAAUUAAUAUAGUUAAGAAAUAAGUUAAACUUCAUACUCUUAAUUUGCACAAACAAUAUUUUUAGAAAGCGAUACUGCACUAUCGCUGAAAUCGUUUAUUGAAGCAAUGUCAUAUCACUGGCUCGAAUUGCGCGUAUUUUUAAUGAAUACGUUACACGCGCCUGAUUUCUAAUUUGGACGGUACGUUUGAGAUCGACUUUCAAUUGUCGAAAAUGAGCAACACAUGAAUAGACACACCUGCGUAAAACAAACCGGUUUAAUUGCGAUAAUUCCAAGAGAAACAUAAGGAAGAAAAAAAAUUGGAAAGAGCUACAGCUAGGCGUCUAGCUGAGUAGCAGUCUGUCAAUCUAGUCAAUUGAUUAAAAUUUAGAGUCAGGGCUGCUGAUAACUCUUCUUAUUGCAGGCAACGCUGCCCUGGUUUAGAAGACACUUAAUUAGAUUUACACUACAGAUUAUAAAAUUUGCGUGGCUUUAAACUUAAACAUUGUCGAAGUAUUAUUACAUAUUACGAUUAGAUACUAUCUAUCACUAAGUGAAAAAAACACUCUUAGCGUAUCCGGUAUCUUUAACGAGCGCGGCGACAGUCUUCAUCUCGUUACGUGCGUUUCACGACGUUGUAAUCACGAUAGGCACAUAAAUGUGCAGAAAAUAGUCGGCAGGAUUUUUAGAAGCGGAGCCAUUCGAUAUUUGAGCAAAUUAUUUCGACAUUCGAAUCUUACGCUAAUUUACACUAUUACAGUCUAAUUUCUAAAAGUGUCUGAUUUUAAAUAUUAUUUUGAAAAUGAACAAAAUUGUAAGAGAUUAACGUAUAUAAUUUUUCUAACGUCUGUCAUAAUUAUUUUGAUCGGAGUAUGUGCGGAAAUUGCAAAAUUAAAUUUUCGCGAAUUAUUCGAAUGUGGAAAUGCGUUGGAACUCGUAAUAUCUAAACGGUUUUUCAAUAAUAGACUAAUACCGCUCGUGAGCAGGAUGUCACAGUUUAUUACAAUAGUUAAUCGUUGCGUAAUAUAUCACUAGUUAUAUUAGAGACGAUACAAUUGUUGAGCUUGGAAGCACUUUUUUAUGGUGAAGUCACAGUUAGAAUUACGAUUGAUUAGCGAGAUCCUUCCUUGGGCUUGGAUCUGUUGCUAUAGUGAUAAUGCAGAAUACAUUACUACAAUGAUUAUAUGCAAAAUGCGUUAAUUAUAUUGUCUCAUACUGCCAACUGUAAAUCAUCAUACGUAGUUUCUAAUUAAUGACAUCGAUAGAUAAUUUCUAGUUGAAGAUUAGCGUAGAGAGGGUGGUUUCUUUCGAAAUAUUUCAACAAAUCGCUCUUGUGCGAGCGCGUCAAUGUUUUAUUUUUUUGUCUAAGGUAAACUUAACUUUUUAAACAGCACACACUUGCACAGACAUUACUUUAAAGAUUAUUUUGCACUAAAAUUAAUUUAAAAAAAAAUGUUUAAUUAGAUUGCAUUUUUUUCUAUAUAUUUUUGCUCCGAUUGAAUAUUUUCUUAAAGAAUGUAAAUCCCUUACGUCUCGAAAAGCUUAAAUAAUAUUUUGUAAAAAAUUACGCGAUCACGGUUCUCUUAGUAAUUUGCAACAUAAAAGGCCGAUUAGAACUUAUUGUAACCACCAUUGUGAUAGUAAUAGGUUUUGUAGCGGAUCAGAAAUAUCGAGGAUUGCAAUGUUUUACUUUUAAUUUUAAAAAACGAUGAGCAAACAUCAAAUUAUGUCACGCACAAGAGGUCCAUUAAAUACCGAUAUAACUUAAACUAUUCACUGCUUCAAAUGACAAAAUAAAUGAUUGUAGUGAUAACAGAAAUAUGUUCAAUAUAUUUAACGCAAUAAUUUGCGUUAAACA